AGAGCUUGUGGACACCCAGCAAUGUGGACACAGCGCCCACGGAGACCGCUGCUCAGUAAGUAGCACCCCCGAGCCAUGCUGUGCCAGCCGGUGAGGACCUGUCCCUUGUCCCCUGGCAGCUGGGGACACCGGGCACCAGGUGGAAGGACGUUAGGGACGGGGCGGGGGGCGUCCACUGAGAGCCCAGCAUCCUCCCAGGUGUCCUCCGGGGGACUUGAGAUGCAAGCAAUCUGAGGACAAUGGAGGGACAGGUGGCAGAAGUUGCAGCAGGCUUCAGGGGACCCAGCACACGCAGCCACACCCAUGAGGGGACAGUGACAGCCUGUGACAUCAUCCAGGGUCCCCUCUCUCUCUGCAGCCUGACACCUGGGUCCCUGCCACACUCAGGGCCGUGCUCUCCAGCGUCACCUCCCGCCCCGUGCUGACAUUCGUCCCAUGUGCGCCUGUCACACGCACGCGGUGGGGGGGGGCAUGCGGACACCCGGGGAGGUGACCAGGGUGGCUGCCUUGUAAGCCUGGGCACCCGGCUCCUCGGCCCUUCCCAGCAGCAGGUCCUCCCCGAGGGGCCGGCCGGCUUGAGGGACGGGAAGGACAGUGUCACUGCCUUCCGGGUCAUUGCGCCACAGGCCCUUCCAGCCACGUGGCUGCCGGUGCCUGUGGAGGUGGGGACAGCGAGCCGGAACCGGGCCAGCCCCUUGAAAUGUUCCCAGGGGACAUCCCUGGAGGGCCAGGAGGAGGCAGGACGGGCUGUGUGUGACCUGAGGCUUGGUUUACCCGUCAGCAAAAUGGGUCCGGUCCUCAGCUUCCUGUGCCUGCACAUGGUGACGGCCGUGCCCCGCUGCUCAGUCCCUUCCGUGCUCCUUGUCCAGCUCCAGCAUCAGGCGAACAUGACCGCGGACACCAGCUCACUUCUGGAGCCCUAUGUCGUCACGCAAGGCCUGAGCGUCCCUUUCCGGCGAGGGUUCUGCAAGGAGCACCCCGGGGCCUUCCCCAGCGAGGAUGCCCUGCGGUCACUGAGCCAGGCUGGCUUCCUGAGGACGGUGCACGCCACGCUGGGUCACCUCCUGCACAACCUCACUGCUUUGCAGCUGCAGUUCUCGGACGCCCAGGACUUGCCAGAGCUGCCGAUGGCCCGGAAAAACACGCACGGCGUCCGAAACAACAUCCACUGCCUGUCUCGGCAGCUGCACAUCUCCCUGGACAUGCAGGCCGGCCUGGGGACAUCACUGCCACCUGUCACGUUCACGGGCACGGCCCCAAGCAUCUUUGAGGCCAAGCUGGAGGGCUGCAAGCUCCUGAGCGGCUACCAUCGCUUCAUGGGCUCCAUGGGCAGGGUGCUCAGAGAGUGGGGGGACAGCCCGAGGCGCAGCCGGAGGGACAGUCCCCAGAUGGCUCUGUGCAAGGGGACACACGGGACCGGGGCCUCCAGGAGGGCCAAGAGGCUGGUGCCCAGGGGCUGGCUGGCCCGGUAGCCUGAGGGGCGCCCCUUGCAGCAAGAGGGACGUGGCGAGUGCUGUGUGCUGUGACCUGUGGCCGCGGGUGUCCACACCUCUGUCCCCACCAUGGACAGGUGCACUUUAAGGGGUCCACCUUGCCUCUGUGGGCUGGAUGGAGUCAGGCUGCGGUGUCCCCCGGCGCCCCCCAAGAGUCCCGGUCCCGGUGGGGUGGCCGGGUCCCCACAAGGCCACGAGGGGCUGACUUUCCAUUGAUUCAGGGAUCUGAUGACACAAGGUGACUCAUGGCUGCCCUUCCUUCCCAUGACCUGCAGGGCUGUUGUGUUGUCCCCGACUUCCUUCUUUCCGCGGUGGCCGGCCGGCCUCCCAGGGGAUGUCAGGCCCCUUCUGCCUCAUCGCUGCUUGGGUCCGAGUGACCUCACUUUGGGCCUGUGACAGGGACAGGUGUCCCAGAAGGAGCGCCGAUCUGGGCUGGGGGGGGUCCAGGAGGAUGGGGACCGGCCCCUAACUUAUCCCUCAGUUUGCUCUUUGAGAAGGGCUUUGGGGACUAUGUUUGGGGACUGUGCCCGUAAGUUGCUGGCACUUGGUGAGGGGACAUGACUGGGACAUCCCCCGGGGGUGUCUCCCUGCAGGAGACCCCAGAGCCCUGGAAAAGGGGGCUCCCCUGGGGUCCUGGCUGCUGGCUGCGCGCCCCCUAGUGGUGGGUCGUGGAAUUUUUUUAGCAUGUCCCUCCUGGAGGGGGACAAAGACUGCUGGGCAGACACUUGGACAGACAGGACUAAUUUAUUGAUUUUUAUGUCCGUUUUGAGUCAGUUUCCUAUUUAUAAGGCUUAUUUAUGGUGUGUAUUUAACGGUAAUAUUUUGCUAACAUAUAUUUAAAA